CCUAGUUGCUCCGCGGCAUGUGGGAUCUUCCCAGACCAGGGCCGAACCCGUGUCCCCUGCAUUGGCAGGCAGAUUCUCAACCACUGCGCCACCAGGGAAGUCCAGGAUCACCUUUAAUUGAGUGCCUGCUAUUGGGUGCUCGAUGCUUUUCCUGCAUCCCUAUUUCAUAUUUACCCCAAACCUUUACCAUGUAUGUCAUUGUCCCCAUUUUGUGGAUGAGGCCUGCAGAGGUGAGCCCCUACAAGGGGCCGACGUGGGAGAACCAGGAUUUGUACAUACGUGUGUGCAUAUGUGUAUGGCGUGAAGAAAUUGAAGGACUGGCAAGUCUCCCCCAUGAACCCGGCAUAGGAGACUGGCUGAAACCAGCAAGGUUUGCCCUUGUGCUUGUCCCCAGGGCAACAACCAGCCUGCACUGACUUUCAUCAUGGACACUGGGGAGACAUUUGUGGAAUUAGUAGAUCUUUUUUUAAGCCUCGAAGCUGGGCACCGUGGCCCCAGUGGGGCGACCAGAACCCAGGACUCGUGGCUCCUGUACUGGGCUCACCUCCCGGCCCCUUCAAUGCCAGGUCCCGCCGCCGCUGCAAGAGCAGCCAUGAGGAAUUGUCAUUAAAUGAGUUCUAGUCCUGGAACCCUGGGAUUUUUACAGAACAAACGAUUUCCUGAUUUCCUCCUUCUUUUCAGCAACGAAUUUUGGAGUCUUGGGUUGAAAGCCCCCCCCCUUGAGGGCCUGCGUAAGUGUGUCUAGAGAGAGGGAAGGGGAUUAACAGAGUCUGUGGAAAGAGGGCUUUUGGCGCCAGGAUCCUGCACCCUGGAACAGAUUCAGUGCGGUGUCAUUUCCCUCUCAGCUGUUCUGGCAGAGGUUGGACGUGCAUUCUGGAACCUCCCUCUGAGCGGCCAUGAGUGCCCCGGCAGUGCGGAGAGAGGGCAGGCGUGUGGGCAUCCCCUCACCCACAGAGGCACGACCCUGCGCUCGGGGUCACUUCAGCAACUAUGCAACUUCCAGCUCCAGGUGGACGUGGGGAGCCCCCUCCACUGCCCCCCCCAGAAGCGCUGGCUUUAUCUGUGUGGUGUUACCACCUCUGCACCUCUGCCUGUCCUUGGGAUGCUGACAUUGGGUGGGGAGUCAGCCCUAGAAAGUCCCCUGCAUUUCCAGGUCCAAGGCAGGGGCACCUGGUCAGCUCCCUGGGGCUUGGUACCCUGCAGGGGAGUGGUGCAGAGGAGGGGUGGCACGGGCCAGGGUGGGCUAAGCUUUUUCUGGAAAGGGUCCUGCUGCCUGUCAUGCCGUUGUGGGUUUGGGGAGCCAGGGGGUCUGGCAGGGCCUCAAGGCUGUGGAGGCACUGGGCAGUCGUGGGGCUCGGGGCCGUCGGAUCAGGAGGGGGGAGGCUUGAGGGUCUCUCUCCCGCGUUUAUGGCUCUGUGGUGCUGCCUAAUUAUAUGGAGAGGCUGCUCUUCCUCUGGCCUUCAGCCCUGGGAAGAAACUCCUCUGCCCCGUGACUCACCUGAGGGUUGCAGCCCCACGAGAGGCCGUGCGUGCGUGUGCACGCUGCAUGGGUUGCAGCUAUGGCUGGACUUUGCCUGGCCCGUCGAUUUCCCCACUGGGCUUCCCCGCAGGUUAGGCUGCACUCUGGGAUUUGGGGAAACCUGGUCACCACCUGUCUGCAACUUCCUCCUCAGAAACCAGGAAGCUGUCUUCCUCCCUCCCUCCCUUUUUAACUGCAGCUCUUCCUCUAUCCCUGGCUUUAGAAGAGUGCGGAAGUUAUUCCUACAGACAAGGGUGGCCAGGACCCCUGUCCCGCCUAGUCUCAGUUUAAUUCUCCAUGGUAUGACUUGGGCAGGUCCGUGCCCCUCUGCGUCUCAGUUCCCCUGUGCACUCAAGGGGCCCCUCUUAUCUGCUUCAGCUCUAACAGCCAUGUGGUUGCAAAGAGACCUUGUCCUGGGGAGGGUGAACGUGGCCCUGGGGGGACCUAGCGGGGGCUCAGAAUCCUCCAACAUUAUUCCUCUGGGGACUCGAGGGAAGCACUGCCUGCCCGAGGGCUCAUCUGUGGGGUGGAAGUCGCGGCAGGCUGCUCUUGGAAGGGGUGGACUUAGGGCUCAGUGUGGGAACCAGAGGUGGAUGGAGGCCCCUGGGCAAGGUCAGGCUGGGGGUGAGGGCCAGGUGGUGUUCCCUGCACACGCCCAGGCCUCCUGGCCACCUGCCCCAGGUCCGCUCAUCCUCAGGAACGGAAGCCGCAGCGGGCAGGUUGUGGCAGCUGGGCGGGCAGGCGUGCUUAUCGCUCCACUCCUCGGCUGAGUCAUGGUGCCAGGCCCACAGAUCCUCCCCUGAGACUCAUCCAACCAGCUUGCCCCUGAGCGCACUGUGUGUGAGGCAAGACUAGGGCUCGGGGGCCUGGCUUCCAGCCCGACCCUUUUUACUGCUGAGUGACUCUGGGCACGGGCCUCUCUUGGGCUCAGUGAGUCCGCGUGUGCAAUGGGAGUGCGGCUGAGAGGCAGAGGCGAGGUCACGCAUUUGGAUGUUGGUGACUGUCUCGUGGCUGUGUCACAGGGCUGGUGGCGUCUGGGUGGGGCCUGCCUCUGCUCCUGCUGCCUCAGGAGAGUUCUGCCGCAAGCGCGGGGGGUUGGGAAGCCUACCUGGCUUGACCAGAUCUAAAGCCCAGAGCCUGGCUGCCUGCCGUGUGCACAGCCCUGAGCAGCACUACUGGGAAUUGAGGGGUUCUCCCAGCUCUGCGGUGAGGCCUCUUCCUCAGACCGGGCAGGCACUACGGUGUACUGACUAUAGAGAAUGGAUGUAUCAGAAAUGUAGAGAGAAUGUUCUAGAACUUUCUCGGAUCACUUUGUCCCUAGGACUUGUUUUCGGGGCUACUUGGUACCUCUUCUUUGAACACUGGACUUGAGUGGGGCUGGGGGUGGGGUCUCGCCUCCCCCAGCCCCCAGGCCACUCUGGGUGAGGCCUUCUCCUGUCCAGACUGUCGUUCUCCACGUGCAGUCUGCAGACCACCUACAGGAGCUGGAGCUUGCAGCGUGCAGAGUCCUAGGCCUUUGCCCCAAACCCACUGAAUCAGCCUCAGGGAUGGAGCUUGGAAGACUUCAUCUCCAACAGUCUCCUGGUGAUGCUUAGGGACCCCAAAGAAGAGAGCCCCUGGCCUGGAGGCAGGUGAUGGUGUGAAUGUCACCUUGGCCAGUUUGGCAUCUUGAUACACAGGUCAGGGGCAAAGGCUGAGGUUCUGUAGCCCAGACACCUCAGCCCCCGAGAGUUGUGUGGGGUUGGGGGAAUCAGCUCUUUUCCCUUAGAUCCAUACAUCUGACCAGGAAACCGAGGGGGGUAAAAAAGAUUUUAAAAAACCAUGAAUCUCAUUUAAGCCUCCCGAGAAUGCCUGCUGUUGGGUGGGAUUUUGGUGGGAUGGGAACGAGGAGUGUUUAUCCUGGUGUGAUUGUGCGGCCCACCUGCCUUUAGACUCCUCAGCCUGGGCUCAUGGAACAACUUGGGCCCCUACCCUCCACCCGCUGUCUUCAGCCCCAGCGCGGGCACCAAGGCUGGCUGCUUGGGAAAGGCUGUGACCUGGGCACUGUGACAAGGGGCAGCUCUUUAUCCUUGUGGAUUCAGUGACUGAGCUCCCACCACGGCAGCCAGGGCUUCUGUCGCCACACCCAAGCCUUACAACCAACAGAUACCUAAACCUCCCUUUCCCACUUUGCUGCAGAGGCUGCCACAUCAGUGAGGCCCCAGUGUCACCGAAGUUGUGACUCAGGGCUGAACGUUGUCCUAACCUCUCCGGGGUCCGGCUGGAGGCUUCAUCUGCUGGCCCUAGCGUCCCCAGUGGGGUGACCCUCUGUACCCCAGCCUGUGCAGCUCCCCCUUCCAGAAGCGUCCUGGAGUGGGGGCUAUACCUGGGAGCUCACCAAGGCCAAGACGAGACCAUUUCUUACCCUCUCUUCUCCCCAAAAACCCCUGGAUGAUGGUCCCCUGAGUUUUGAAGUUGAAGACUCUCUUUACUAUCAAAGGACCUUGCGUGAUAUUGUACUUUUGGCAUGUGACCUCAGUAAUGCUUUUUUCUUUUUUUUUAAUUUAUUUAUUUGGUUGUGCCAGGUCUUAGUUGCGGCAGGUGGUCUCCUUAGUUGUGGCAUGUGAACUGUUAGUUGCGACAUGCA